AUGAGUCUGCUGGACUUGUGGCUGUCCCGCUCCAUCCCCAUGUGCCUGCUCCUCCAGAGCCUGGUCCUCAUGGCCCUGUGCUUCCCCUCGGCCAGCAUGUGUCCCAAGGGCUGCAUCUGCCAGCGCACCGACCCCCACCUCCAUGGACUCAACGUCACCUGCAGCCAGUCUCGACUGAAGGAGAUUCCCACCGACCUCCCAGUUGACACAGUCCUCCUGAGGCUGGACCACAACCAGAUUGGUGCUGUGCCAGACCGCGCCUUCCAGGGUCUCAGGCUGUUACGGGAGCUUAACCUUUCUUACAACGCGGUGGAGACCUUGGGGGAAGGCGCCUUCGUCGGCGUGGAGGCUACGUUGCAGGUGCUGGACCUUUCCUACAAUCGUAUCACUAGCGUACACAAGGAUGCCUUCACGCGACUUAAGGCCCGCGUCAUAAUCGAUGACAACCCCUGGCACUGUGACUGCGCCCUCCAGCAGGCACUGGGCGGCAUGGCCCAUAAUCACGAGGCGGCCGCCCGAGUUCUGUGCAGGAGUUCGGAGCUCCGUGACCAGGAAGGACGACCCUUCCUGGCUGUGGAUACUGACCUCUGCAACCUAGCCAAACGUACCACUGACUACGCCAUGCUGGUGACCAUGUUUGCCUGGUUCGCCAUGGUCAUUUCAUACGUGGUUUAUUAUGUACGUCAGAACCAGGAGGAUGCGCGGCGUCACCUUGAGUACCUCAAGUCUCUCCCCAGCAAGCCCAAGAAACCCGAUGAGGCUGACGACAUCAGUACUGUAGUCUGA